CACAACGCUUGGAGCUGCCAUAAAUUCCGGACGCCUCCAAGCCGAGAGCUCAGUAUCGUUCCGAAGCCAGGCCAGUGAAGAUUGCUAAUUGCUGAGCCCCCACAACCAGUUGUCGAGCACCAGAACAUGGAGAUCAUUCGAUUCGUUGACAGCACUCUCAGAGCUCUGAUCGCCGGCAGCCUUCUCCUCCUGAUGACGGCCAUAUACCGGGAGGACAACAACGGCGGCUCCCACUACAUCCACCCCAGGCACACGAUGCACUGAACCGCCGGGAGAAUCUCUGGACCCCAAUCCCACCUAGUCCCUCGACAAUGCGGCAGAAUAACCGGUUGACAUAUCGUCAUAUCAACAAACUGAAAAACAACCUUAUAUGCAUUCUCUUGACUACCAAACUCGCCCCUCGUAGAAUAGCAUAACUUAUCUUGUAUAUACUAAAUUAUGUUCAACCCCCUAUUAUACACAAUUAACAUAUCAUUGUGUUAAUUAUAUAAAUAAAUAUAAUAAUAAAUAUAAUAAUAAAUAUA